AUGCUUAUCUACUCGGAUAUCCUCACCGGCGACGAGAUCAUCUCGGACUCGUACGACCUCAAGGAUGUUAACGGCAUCGUUUUCGAGGCCGACUGCGCCAUGAUCACCGAGGAGGCCGUCUCGGUCGACACUGGUGCCAACGCUUCCGCUGAGGAGGCCGACGAGGGCGUCGAGGACACCGCUGUCCGUGUCAACAACAUUAUCCACUCGUUCCGUCUCCAGAACACCUCGUUCGACAAGAAGGGCUACCUGGCGUACCUGAAGGGCUACCUCAAGGCCGUCAAGGCCGCUCUCCAGGAGGCUGGCAAGUCCGAGGAGGAGAUCAAGACCUUUGAGACGGGCGCCCAGAAGUUUGUCAAGGAGACCCUGCUGCCCAACUUCAAGGACUACGAGUUUUACACGGGCGAGUCAAUGAACCCCGACGGCCUGGUCGUUCUCCUCAAUUACCGCGAGGACGGCACCACGCCGUAUAUCACCGUCUGGCAGCACGGCCUGAAGUCCAUCAAGGUGUAA